AUGGAUCGUAACAGAAACAAUAACGGAAAUAAUAACAAUAACGACUGGUCUUGGUGGCAAAUAGGUGCCGCAGCGGUGGGGGCGGGUGCUACACUAGGAACACUGUAUGCACUGACACGUAGUAGCUCAGAACCUUCUCAAAGCACGCCUCAACAUCAGGAAGAACAGACUCCUAGCUUCUUUGGCCGUUUUGCCAACGAUUUUGAAAAUUUAUUUAACAACACUAAAGCAAUGGAGGACAUAAUACCACAAGGAUCAAUACCAGCUUGGCCUCAUAUUACAAAUCUUAACUCUCUACUCAGUGAUAUUUACGAUCGAUACGUUGCGCUUAAAAGAGAAGAAUUCCAACGACAUUACAAUGUGUUUACUGAAAUUUUCGGAGAAUUGCAGAGAAAUAUGAAGAAGGUUGACAAAUAUUACGAACGCUUCGCCAGUGAUGUUAGAUUUGCUGGAAGUCAUUUCGAUAAUCUCCGUAUAAAAAAACCAGACGAGUUUGAUAUGGAUAUAGUCAUUGGUCUCCCAGUAAAUAUGCGUCCAAAUCCAUACAACCCUGAAGAUAAUGAUGUGGUAAUAGAACAAAACUACCCGGGAUACGUUCAACUGAGGGCUGGGGUUCAAUAUCAAAAGCUACUGGUUAGGGACGGAUCUGAUUGCCAAAUUUAUAGAACUGCCUAUGAAUGGUUGGAUGAACGAAAAUACAUUCUUCGUUCAAAAUUCGUUAAUUGGUUCAAAAGCGUCGGAUAUAGAGCCCUUAACGAAUUCCAAAGAGUUGAUUCAGUACCAGCAUUGUAUGUGAAUGGUAUUCUAUAUAAAAUUCGUUGUUCCGAAAGCGGCCCAGCUUGGACGAUAAUAAUCGAAGCACCGAAAUUCAGAUUAGAUGUAGAUCUAGUUCCGGCUCUAAAAUUUCCGGAAACACGCUGGCCGGUUGGUAAAUCAUAUCGCCCUAUUCCCGCUGGGUGUGAAAGAGAGUACUGGAUGGUCGUCCCAAAACCCAAUAAAAAUGGUAACACUGUGCACGACGAGUAUCGCUCGUGGCGCAUCGCGCUGCAAGAUCAAGAGAAGAAGUUGCUUUACAACACGUUCGCUUUACGCAAAACUUUACGCUUGAUAAAGAAAUUACGCGACGCGCUCGGAAUGAAAAAAAUUGCGAGUUACUACAUAAAAACUAUUUUCUUUUGGGAAAUAAUGGAGUUAAAGUAUUCUAACCCAUUGUUUUGGCAAAGCAACGACAUCGCGACACUGCUUAAACACAUGGUGAAAAAAUUGCACAGUGCUUUAGAAAAAGGAGAGAUACCUUAUUUUUGGAACAAAAGUAACAAUUUAAUUGGAAACAUAAAUCAAUCUAUUCUUAAUGAAUAUAAAUGCAAAACUUCUAAACUCUUAGCUAUACUAGAAGUACCUGCUAACUAUAGAGAAGUGGCUAAAUAUCUUUUGGACAAUGAAGAGUAUUCAGAAUACAAGAAAUUUUUGUUC